AUGGAUCAUUGGGAGUCUUCCGUCGCUCUUUCCAAGAUCUCCUUCGCAUCCAACUACUUCUACGAUGUCGGGAUGGGCUUCCCCAAAAUGAGCAUGCUGGCAUUCUACUGGGCCUACUUUCCCUCAACUACCAGCCCGGUAAUGCGCAAGGCACUCUGGGGCAUCACUGCUUUCGUCUGCCUUUCGUACAUAGCUAUACUUUGGGACGACACAUUUUUCUGCGGAAAGGACGUUUCGGUGCAGUGGUCACAGGAAGAUGGCGCAUGCAGUGUCUUUUACGCGCCAGAGCCCUUCAUCCUCAACUUCACCCUCAACCUCGCUUGCUACCUUUGCGUCUAUGUUCUCCCUUUGACUCUGUUGAUCCAAGGUGUCCUCGAGCGAUCCACCGGUCUGACUCUUACUUUCGCUCUUGGUACUUUGACCAUCAUGACAACUAUUGUACGCUUCAUUACCCUGAAAGUUGGCACUGGCCAGGAGAACUUGGUUUAUCCUCUGAGCAUUCUGGAAAUGACCCUCGCCAUUACCGUGGUGGCCCUUCCAGGCUUGAAGCCUCUGCUCGACCGCCAAUCUACGAAGACUUCGGUCGAAACAGUUCAAGUCGAUAGCGAGAGCAAGAACUUCUCAUCAUGA